AUGAAUAAUGAACCUACAAAUAAUGAUAAGAAUUAUUUAAAAAAUAUAUUUAAUUGUACUGAUAAGAAAAUAAUAUUAUUUAAAUCUUACUUAAAAAACAAAUUAGAUAUUGAUUCUUUUACUUUAGGUGAAUAUUGUUUUAAACAUGAUGAGAAGUUCCAGAGAAGUGUGUUAUCAAAUAUCUUAAAAGAACAAAUAAUAAGUAAGAAGGAUAAGAAUAAAUUACAUUUAAUAAAUGAAAUAAUAAUAGAUACAUCAUUUUUUAAAGAGAAUUAUGAUUUUCAAUAUUUUUUAGAAAAUGUUUUAUUAUUAGAAGAUUUAGUUUUAAAAAAGUUGGAUAAUAAAUUAAAUGAUGAGGAUUUUAUAUUUAAAGAAAAUAAAAAAGUAUCUAUAAAUAAUUGGAAAGAAUGUUAUAGUCAUAUUAAGAAAAAAUUAAAUAUCAAAGGUAUGGAUGAAAAAAGUAAGAUAUAUAAUAAUUCUAUUUUAUUAUUUAAUUCUACUAAAUUUUCCUAUGAUGAUAUAAAUUGUUGUGAUUCUUUUUAUGGUUUAAAAGUAUGGGAUAUAUUAUUUAAUUAUGUAUCAUUCGAUUUUUUAAAUUAUUUAUUGUCUAAUACACUUAUAUUUAUAUCUGACUACUUUUUUAUCAAUACAAAUAAUAAUUUUAAAACAUAUGUAAAGUCAUCUUACUUUAUUAAAAUUGCAGAAAUACAAUUAAAUUAUCAAGAUGCUCAAAAUAUAGAAAGAAAUAUUUUUUCAAAAAAAAAAAAUUUAUAUUAUAAAAAUACAAAACUAGUAAAAUUAACAUAUCAAAAAAAAAGCAUCAAGGAUAGUACAACACCAAAUUUAACCAUCCAAAAAAAAAAAAAAAAAAAAAAAAAAAAAAAAUUCAGUAAAAAUAUAAAUACAAAUGAACAUAUAAAUAUAAAUAUAAAUAAUUAUAUAUAUAAUACAUUAAAUCAAAACAAUGAAGUCAAUCAAUAUAAUGUUAAUCAUCUCAAUAUGGAUAAAAAUAUUACCUACAAAGAAAAGGAGUCGCAGAAUUAUACCAUCAAUAAUAAUUUAUUAAAUGAUCAACUUUUAUAUUAUAAUAAAACAUAUCAGAAUAAUGUAAAUACACAUAUUUAUUCAAAUGAUAAUAAAACGCCUAUUAUUGCUAACCAGUGUAUAGAUAUACAUAACCGUGUAAGUGAUCCGACAAGGAAAAAUAUAUUUUAUCAUAGUAUAAACAGCCUUUCGUAUGAAGCAAGUUUGAAUAUUUUUCAUUAUAAUAAUCUGACACAACAUACAACAUAUAUAGAUACACCAAAUAAAAGUCAAACAUGUAUAAAUAGUCCUAUGCAACAUGAAAUAGAUGAACAUUCAAAUAAUGAAUUGAAAAAUCAAAAAUGUACUCAAUAUGAAUAUGUAGAUAACGUAUGCACAACGAAUAAAAAUAUAUCAAACGAUAAUAUAAGUGAUAAAUGUAUUACUACUAAAAAUAUACCUCUAAAAUAUCAUAUUAAUAAAAAAUAUAAAUACUUAUUAAAAAAAAAAUACCAUACAAUGUACACAAAUAAUGAUCAUUCAUAUGGAAAGUAUUUGUAUCUUGUUCAGUGCAGUGGUCGAAUUUUAAAAAAUGACUUUUUUAAGGACAUGAAACAAAUACAAGAAGAAAGAAAGAAAUAUACAUCAAAUAUUAAGAUCAACAGUGAAUAUACCAAUAAUAUAAUAAUUAACAACAACAACAACAACAACAAUAAUAAUAAUAAUAAUAACAAUAAUGUGCAUGGUUUUGGACAUAUAAACAAUUUGUUCUCUUCUAACGAAUUUCCAUCUUCUAACAUUUCAAGCUGUACUAAUUACACAGAAAAAAAUGAUAAAUUAACACACAUAAGGGAAACUUCCUUACUAAUAACAGAAAAUUCUUCAAAAAAAGAUAAGCUGUUACCAGAAAUAGAUUUCUUUUCUGAGGAUAGAAAGGAGAAAUCAUCAUCGGUUGGUUAUGACAUAAAAAAAAAGAAUGAUAGUAAUAUUAAAAGAUUUCAUAAUAAAAUAAACAGAACGAAAGAAGAAAAAAAAAAAAAAUGGAAUAAAAUAAUAAUCAAUAGAAACAACAUUUUACAACACAAUACAACUAAUAAAUGUAAAACCUUUCUAUUUAAUAAACACAUAAUAUUUGAUAAAAUAGAAAAUAAUAAUAUUCCUUUAUUUAUUUAUGAUUUAUUAAACUAUAUAUUUAAAUCAGAUCAAACAUAUUUUUAUCAUAAUAAUUUUAUAGAUGAAUAUAAGCAGAAAAUAUGUAAACAAAUAAAAUGUUCAACCAAAAAAAAUGACAUAUCUCAUAUAAUUACAUCGAGGAAAGAAAAUCAUUUAUUUCAUGUACAAAAACUUGAAAAUAAUUAUAAACAUCCAAAUAUAAAUAAACAGCUAAGAAAGACGAAAAUCUUGAAAUAUGUAUAUAAUUAUUUUAAGGAAUUUAUUAAUAAUGUAAUUAAUACAAAAUUUGGUAAAAUAUAUAGGAAAUUUUUUCCUCGAAAACAUAUAUUAAAUAAGAUACAUAAAAUAUUUAAAAUUAUAAGAUUACAAAUAAUAAAAAAAUAUCGUAUUAUAAAUAUACGAAUGAAUCGAAAAUUUAUUAAACAAAAAGUAUAUGAUACAUUUUUUAAAAAUUAUGAUUUCUUAUCAUUUUCAUUUAAAACGUAUAAGAUUAUUAAUUUUAUGGUAUAUAUAACCAAAAAAUGUAUACCUAUCAAAUUAUUAGGUAGUAAGCAUAAUUUCAAAAUAUUUUUAAAAAAUGUAAAAAAAUUUUUGUUAUUUAAUUAUAAAGAAAGUUUUUCGUUAAAUCAAGUAAUGAAAAAUAUUAAGGUAAAAAAUAUAUUUCAAAAAAAAAUAAGUAAAUAUAAUAUAAAAAAUAGAAUUUUAUUAAAGAAUAUAUUUGAUAACAACUAUGAAAACAAAAUUUUACAUAGAAAUAAUAAGGAAAUCAUAACAAAUAUAAAUGAUAACAUAAAAAUAUAUAAUAAAAAAAAUGAUAAUUUAAAUAAUUCAUUUAAAAUAAAAACAACGUUAUUCAAUAAAUUGAGGAGAAAAUAUUUCAAUAAAAUUAAAAAAAUUAAUAUAGCUAUACAAAAAAGACAUCUUAUGAAUAGAUUAAUAUAUUUCCUUUUUAAUUAUUUUAUUAUGCCACUAAUUAGAAGAUUUUUUUUUCUAACCAAAUCUGAGCAAACCUUACAUAAAACAAUUUUCUUUGAUAGAAAAAUUUGGAAUCAUUUUACGAAAAUUUCGAACUUUUGUCUUUACCAUCAAAUUUUUAGGAAUAAAAAGUUAAAAAAAAGAAAUGAACCCAAAAUGGAUUAUGUACAAAAUAUGUUCAAUGUGAAGAAAAAAGGUGAAAAAAUAAAAACAAAUAAAUAUAUAUUUAUUAAGAAAAUGAAAAAAAAGAGCACUAAUAAAUGUAUUAAUAAUAAAUUUUCCAAAAAAUGUAUCCCUAAAAAAAAAAAAAAAAAUUUAUAUAACAUCACACGUCAUAAUAAUAUAUUUAUUAAAAAGGAUAUGGAAAAAAAAUCAAAAACUAACAAUUUAAUUAAUAAAAGUAUAGAUAAUUUAUACAAAUUAAAGGAAAUUAACAAAAAAAGUGUUAGACCAUAUAUUAAAAAAUUUUACUAUAAAAUAAAAAAGAAAUAUUUUGCUCUAAAAAAAAUGUAUAUUCAUAUGAGAAUGGCAAAAGAAGAAAAAAGUAACAUAAAAUUAGAAAGAGCAUUCAAACAUUUUUUUAUUUUUGCUCAAGAAAAAGAACACAUAUUGAAAUAUUUUAGUUCCCAUUUUUUUCAAAAUAGAAAGAUAAAUUAUGGUAAACGAUUUAAUAAACUAAUACAUCGAAUAAAAAAUAUAAUAAUAAAGCAAAACAGUGGAAUUGUUAAAAAUAAGGAUAAGACAUUUUUACAUUUAAUCAAAAAUAAAAGUAACAAAAAUAACAAUAACAAGAAGAAGAACAAAAAUAAUUAUAACAAUAAUAAUAUUAAUAAUAACAAUAAUAAUAAUAACAAUAAUAAUAUUAAUAAUAAUAAUAACAACAAAUGUAAACUAUCAAAUUCCAAAAGGUAUAAUAUAAGAAAUAAUAAUAAUAAUAAAAAGGCUAAAAAUAAUGAGAAGAACAAUAUUGAUGAUUCCAAUUUAGAAAAAAAAAAAAAAAAAAUAUACAUAUAUAAAAUAAAAAAUAUUAUAGAGAAAAGAAAUUUUAUGUUAAAAUUAAAUUCAAUCAAUCAUUUUAUAUCUAAAAAGUUAAGAAUUAAUUGGAUACCAAAAAAAAAAGGAUUAAGACCUUUAAUUAAUUUGUCUACUUUAAAUGUGCCAGAAAUUGUCAAGCAACGAAUUUUUGAAAUUUUGAAAAGUAAAAAAAGCAGUGAAUUUUAUUUCCAUAAUAUUUUGAAUAAUUUAGAAAGAGAAAAGAAAGAUAAAAAUAUAAAGAAAAGGAAAAAAUAUAAUAAAAAAAAUUUUAACCCUGUAUCAUUAAACAAUAUAUGUAAUUUUUCCCUUAAAUGUUUAGGUAAUAUGAGACAUAAUAAUAAUUCCUUAUUUAAAAAUACAUUAACGAAAACAGGAGAAAUAGAAUUAAAAUUAAAAAAAUGGUUACAUUAUUUAAAAAAUUGGUUUUAUAAAAAAAAAAGAAUGAAAAAGUAUAUUAAAAAUAAAUUAAAAAACAAUAAAAAGAUAUAUGCAUAUAUAUGUAUUGGAGAUUUCUCAAACUGUUAUGAACAUAUAAAUCAUAAUUAUUUAUUCAAGAUUUUAAAAAAUUUCUUUGAUAAUAUAAAUAAUUUUGAAUUUAUUUAUUUAUUUAAAAGAUCUUUUAGAUUAUAUAAUAAAAAUUUAAAUAAUUCCUUUUUAUCCUAUUACCCAGUUAAUGUAAAAUCUUUUGGUUUACAUUAUAUAAGAAACUUACGAGAGCUUAUAAUAAAGUCACAUCUGAAUGAUAAUCAUCACUUUUUAUUAAAUCAAAUGUUUAAAACCAAAUCAAAAUCGGAUUUAUACAUUUUUGCCGAUUCAUAUAAAAGUCUGCAAGUGGACAAAAGGGAUAUUUUCAUGACUAUAAUAACUGUUAUUAGAUAUUACUACCUCAAUAUAUAUUUUAGUAUAAAAGAAUUUAAACUUAAUAGGAAAAAUAUUUUCUAUUUUCAAAUAUUUCAGGAAAAUCAAAUGAAGGGUGUUUAUUUGAGUGUCCGUGAUAAGAAAAGGGUUGAAAAUAUUAAAAAAUGGUAUUUAAACAGCAUGAAAAAAAUAAAUCACGACGAAAUACUAGAAAGUUUAAAAAAUUCAUCCAUAAAUAUAAAUAAUAAAAACUUUAUGAUAUGUACCAAUCAUGAGCAAGAUACAGAAGAAAAAGGAAAUACACAAAAUAAGGAGAAGCAUGAUAUUUAUAUUGGACCAAUAUAUAAUAAUUCGUUCGACAGUACAACAACAACACAUAGUAGUAAUAAUUAUAAAGGGAAUAAUAUCCAUGUGAGUGGGGAUUAUAAGAAUGAUGGGCUAUUACAUAAAGGUAAUAAUAGUAUGAAUGAAUGUUAUGUGAAGGACAUAAAAUGUAAUAAUAAUAAUAAUAAUAAUAAUAAUAACAACAACAAUAAUAUUAAUAAUAGUUAUAAUAAAUUAAAUUGUGUUACGAAUAAUAGCAAAAAUGACAUAAUUAAAUACCACAAAACUAUCGACACAGAUAAUAGUAAAAAUCAUACAUACUUUAAAAAUAAAUUCCUAAAUUUUUUGGAUAAAAAAAUUAUUAGUAAUAUAUAUGGCUUACCACAAGGUUUUAGCUUAUCUAAUAUAUUGUGCUCCCUAUAUUAUGCAUAUUUAGAUAAAAAUGAAGAAUUUCAAAAUUUAUUAUAUUCAGAAAAACAAAUCAAUAAUAAAUAUUUCUUAGCAAAUGGAACUUGUAAUUAUUUCAAUUUAAAUUCACUCAUACUCCGAUUUAUUGAUGACUUUUUAUUUAUAACUCUUAAUAAAAAAAAUAUUAAAAUAUUUAAAAACUUACUAUUAAAAAAAAAAAUAUGGGGAAGUAAUAUUAAUUCAUCCAAAACCAAAAUCUUCAAAAUACCACUUAUAUAUAAAAAUGAUUUACUAAUAUAUAAUUUUCAAAAUAAAUACCAACAAAAAAAAAAAUACAAAAUAAAAAAUAAAAAAAAAAUACAAAGUGUGAGGAACAAACGGAUACAUAAUCAGCUAGUCAAUGCUAAUAAAAAAAAACACACAUCUGUACAAAAAGAUAAAAUAAAUAAAUAUAUAAAUCUCAUACAUCCAACAAUACAAAAAAAUGAUUCUGUCUUGUCUUCUAAUUCUAUUAUGAAUUUUGAAAGGAUAUAUAAUAAAGAAAGUCAUAAAAGUAACAGUUCAAUACGUACGGAUAUUCCGAAUAGUGUUGUAAAUGACGAUAUAGAAUAUAAUCAAAAAAGUGAUAAUAAUUCUUACAGUACUAAUAAUUUAUACAACAAUAUAAAUAUGACUCAAAAUGGUGAUAAUAAUAAUGUUAAUAUUUUUAAACAUGUACAAAAUGAUUCUUUUCAAUGUUUUAAUAGUAACAACUUAUAUAUUGAAAAGGAUAUAAAAGAAAAUAAUAUUUCACAAAUCAACAGAAAGUUAUGUUCUAAAAGAAAUUUUACAAAAAAAAGUAGAAAAAUAAAUACUUUGACAUAUUUACAAAUUGAUAAAGUUAUAAAAAUCCUAAAAUGUAAGAAGAAAUAUAUAAAACAUAUAAAAAAGAUGAAGUAUAUGAAUAAUUUUCAAAAUUUUAAAAAAUUAAAAAAAUUACAAAAAUUUCAUAAUGCCUCUUUUGAAUUAAAAAUUAAUAAAAUUAAUAAAAAUAUUAGACGAUUGAAUAAAUUAAAAAAACGUAAAAAUCAUUCUAUAAACAUUACUCCUGUUACUUCUAUAGAAUGGUUAAAUAAUUCAUACACAUUUGAUUUUAUAAAUAAUUCUAUACAAAGCACUUCAUAUCCAUGGAAAAAUAAAUGUGAUGCUACUAUUAGAAAUCAUUUACAUCUACAUAAUGUUAUUAUAGAUAAAAAUAAUAAAACUUAUUUUAUGAAAAACCUAGUUGAAAAUAGAAUUGUACGAAAUAUUAUAUCCAAACAAAAAAAAUGUCAAUCCUUAUAUAAGAAUAAGCAAAAUGUAUAUUUCUGUUAUAAAAAUAAUUUUAGCUUAUUAAAAUCAUCUAUAUUAAAAUUCAUCUGUUGUAUUAAAACACUCAAAAAAAUGUUUAAUGCAUUUACAAAUUCUACAUAUAACACAAAAUUUAUAUUAUUUCUCAUAUCGUAUAUGAAUAAAAUGUUAAUAAAAAAUAAAAAACUCAAAUUUGUCAAAUUGUUUUUAAUUCAAACAGCAAUCGAAGCCUUCCGUUAUGCCAGAAUUUUUAAUCAGCAGGAUUCCUUUUAUCCGUGUCUCCAACAUUUCAGGAAAAUCAAAAAAAGAUUAAUUAACAAAUACAAAAUUGGACAUAACAAAAAUUUAUUGCGAGAAUUUUUUUUCCUGUUUAAUUUUAUCAAGAAAGAGUUGUAUAAUUCAUGGCCUUACAUGUUCAAAAUAAAAAAUUAA